GCCGACGUCUGCCCUGUCGACGUCUACGUCCUACCUUACCUCCUACCUGGACUUACCUGUCGGCGAUGUGCCUUACAUGCAACCGGCGUUGCGUCCCGGCCGUCUGCGCUGUUGGUGUGUGACUUACACCCGCAUACCCACCGCCUUUUCUGCAAGCCUUCCCACACAUGUCUCUGGCGCUUCUUGCCUCCUGCCCACAUAUAUCCAUGACGCAUCGGUGGUGGCACACUUUUCCACGCCUUCCAUGCCUUCUUCCUUCCACCUCUCCCGCGUUCUUAUUUCUGGGCAGUUGCUUGCUGCGGCACCCUCUCCCAUUCUCCAUUCUUGUAUGAAGGUACUUCGAGUGACCUGCCAAGGUACUUGUGGGUACAUUUGCUUCUUCACCCCCUUCCGCCCCUCCCCGUCGCUCCCCUUCCUUCCCCGGCCUAACGGAGGCUCGUCAAGCAGUAUCUCGGCUCAUACAUCUGUUCUUCGGUUUCUCUCUAGAGUGCCUUACUGCCGACGACAUCUCCAUCGUUGGUCUCUAGACUACCCAUACGCAAGAAAUAGUCAAGCAACCUACCUAGUCAGGACACACCUUCAACAUGCCUAGCCAAAUCGCCGCCCCUAUCCCGGUCACACCACCGCGCAACAAGGGCAUGCGCUCCACCUC